AUGAUUUGUGACUUAAAGGAACAUCAGGAGUUGACUAUUACAAGCAAAGAUUGUGAUGAUUCUGGCAGCAGUGAUGAACAUCCCAUAUAUAUAGGCAGCAAUGCGAGUGAGACGGAGGUAAUUAGUCAGAGUAUAUAUAAUAUCUCACAGAAUCCCCACUCCCCCUGUUCCUUUUGUUUGUUUACAAAGCAUGGUGGAGUCUUCAAGAGGUACUUGAUCUGUCUGAACUCAGUGAGGAUAUAAUAAUAAAUGCUGACAGACCAAUCAUCUGCUUUACCCUUGGUGAAACUUUAAAUGUGUAUUUCAGCGAUAUCCCCCACACAAAAGGGAUUGUAAAUUCUUGGGGGUCUGAAUGUAUGGGUUGAACUGGAAAUUCCAGGGUGAGGGGUUGGGGAAUUCUUAUAAAGAAUCCCUUCUGUGGGGAAGGUGGAUAUUUAAUGGAAAAGUUACUAUUAACACAUUUGCAACUUUUGUGGGGAGGUACUUGCAGUAUACUUGAUGGGAGGAAAUUUUGCACCCAACAAAAUACCUGCCAAAAAUAUGUUGGACCUCUUAAUCAUGUAUAUUGCAGUAUCGCUCCUCCCCCCCUGGGGUCUUGCUGAAAAAAAAAUCAAAUCUGUCUAAACAAAUCAGCUGGGAUACCCUUUUGUUUUUAUAUCUGAUUAUAAAAGUUGGUGGAGUCUAUGACAUCAUCACCUUGUGACAUGAUUGCUUAUGUCACAAUUAAAAAUAGCAGAUGUAAUUUUUAUCUAAUGUUUACACGAUUUUUGUUUAUAGAACCUUGAAUCUGAUGGUGAGGAAGAGCGUUUUGAUGUGUCUAAAUCACCCCAGAAACUGAACGGAAGGAACUACAAACUUUACAAUGGUAAUUCUGAGUGCAAGGUGGUAACUAUUGAGAGCCUCGAUAAUCCCUAUGUCGUCCCACUUAUUAUGAAUUGCCAAGAAGAUAAUCCCGCCAUGAUAAGCAAAGCUGUUCCCAUUGGAUAUCAGGACAAUGGAACAUUUGUCUUGGACAUUGAUGCACUGCAACACAGGAAAGAUUUGUACUCAGAUGAGAAUGGUUCAUGGGCAAUGACAGGCUGUAAGGCCAAGUUUUAUACCAUCAUAAGAGAUGAGGAGGGGAAAGUGACUGAACUCGAAAAGGUCAACACUCAGACAAGUUCAGAUGUUGUGGUGAAGAGAAGAACAUACACAUGUUCCUCCUACACAUCCUAUCACAAGACCAUAGUGUCAAUCGAAUUUGGCAAGGACAUUGAAAAAUGGUUUCCACUUGUGUUUAAUUACAAUUUUGAUGGAAAGCCAUCAAAAUUUACAGUACAAAAAGCAUGGUAAUCGCACCUCCUCGAAUAUGCCACAUAUUCGAUCGAAAGAGAGCACCAAGCGAAAAGUUGCCGAAAAAGCCAGGAAUUUGGUCCUAAGAGGGCACUGUACUUCGCAAGAAAGGAAGCCGGUGGUAUCUGUGAAGUAGACAGUAUCAGUUCUAUCCCACGCAACUUGAAGCAGGUAGAAUACCUAACUCGUAAACCAUCAGUUAAAAAAGACCCACUGGCAUCUGUUCUAGAACUGCAGAAGACAACUUUUCCUGGUUUCAUCCGUGAAGUA